AUGGCCGAACACGAACCCGUCACUACGAGGGCAUCGCCUUCUCCUCAACCCGACAUGACGAGAAACCGACUGCCUACGCUCUUCGAGGUCUUGAGUCGCCGCACUCUGCCGCCUGUUGAUCUCUUUUCUUUUUAUAUCUACAUGCGCGAUCAGCAACGAUCGGUGGAUUACCUCGACUUCUGGCUCGAUGUUGCUCAGCACAUGUCACUAUGCCGACAUUAUGUCCGCGAACUUCGACGAUCCGUCCUUAUCGGCACUCCUGAGGCGCAGUCCAAGAGAUCUUCAGCUAUUCUCGAAAACAUUGGUGAUCUAGAACCCAGAGCGGCGGGUCCGUCUAUGUAUGCAACCGAGAAGGAAAAGAACCAAGAUGCGCAGAUGUCUGCUUUCCUUAGAGAGGAUCAAAGCCACGACUCACCUCAGAGCACCUCCGCGCCUGUACGACCUAGUCCUCAGUUCAGCAACUCUCACGACAUCACUACCGAAUCCAACUCGCCCGCUCACACCGUUGCGCGACAGGACAUCCGAGCCUCAGCAGAGAAGAUUCUCUACACCUUCCUUCUACCUGGAGCUGAGCGAGAGAUCACCCUUCCUGGUUCUAUCACCCAGGAGGUCACUACCUCAAUCGAAGAGUAUGGUCGUGAUGACCCUGAGGUAUUCGAUGUUGCCAAGGAUUACGUCUUCCAGGCUAUGGAGCGAGAUGCUUUCCCUGGUUUUCUGCGAAUGAAGGCCCUUGGUAAUCUCAUUCCACCUACUCUCAUUAUGCGACUCAUUCUCGGCCUUAUUGCCAUGUUUGCCGCCCUCUGGGCCUCGUUUGUUCUCAUUUUCCUUGACUACUCGCGUGCAACCAGAUGCUGGCUCAUCCUCCCAUUCACCGUCGGUGUUUAUUUCCUUGCGUCUUACCAAUACUCGCUGGACCCUAUUAUGGCCCUUGUUGGUUACAGCGAGUACACCCCGUUCAACUUCUCUCGCAUCCGCGAACCCUAUGUCCGCAAGCUCAUCGCCAAGCGCGCCAUCAUGGUCUUGGCAGUGACUGUUCUUAUCGAUACCGCGCUCUGCGUGCUCUUCAUCCUUGUCCCAGGAAAGCGCCUCUAA